GAUGCCCUGAUGAUGUUCACUCAUUUGAAAAAGAAGCAGGACGGGAUGCAGCAGAUUGCAGCGGAGUGCUAUGCAUCAGCCAUCAUCUGCCGCAGUUUCAGCCUUUGGAAAGAUAAGGCUGGUCGUAGACUACGAUGGGAACAGAUGCUCAUGUACGAAGAUACUCCAGCUGCCUGCCGGGUUGCUGACGCCUUCCAAGAAACUGUCCAAAACAAACAUGUCAGGCAGUGUUUCCUGUUGUGGCGGGAGAGACUACGGCGGGUUACGAUUGUCCGUGUCUACCAUCAAAAGGAUGUGAUGCAGCGGUGUUUGUUAGGUUGGCACCAUUGGUCAGCAAGUCACAGUAGUCAGAGGUUACGGUGGCGGCAGUUUAGAAUAAACUCCUUGCUGAAGCAGAAAUUCUCCACCUGGAGGUUGAGAUUCUCUCUGAUGCAGGAAACUGAGCGCAGAUUCCAAAGGUGUCAGAAACUGAAGAUACAGGAUAUGUUUGAGAGAUGGCAUCUUUGGACUGCAGAAACAAAGUCAAGACGUGAGAUUGGUCUUCAACUCCAGAAGAAGUUUUCACUGAGAAAGAAGGCAAGAGCUUUCUGGUCAUGGAAGCAUACUUUCCUUCACCACAAGAAGAUGGAUGUGUUCUACCACAGUCACCUUGUGAAAAGGCAUUUAAACGGCUGGAGGAAUUACACUGACAAGCGGAAAGAUCUCCAGAAAAAAUUAGACAUUUUGGCUCAAAGAAAACUCAAGAGAGUGACCCGUUUCGUCUUCAUCCAAUGGAGAGAAAACCAUGCAUCAGCUGUUGAGCUACGAUUAGAGGAAGACAGGAGACUGAAGCAGCUCACUGUGAAGUAUUACCUGAAGUGGCGUCGGUGUGUCAUGGAAACUAGGAUGGUCAUCUUGUAUGAGACAAAUCUGAUGAGAAGGGUCUUCCAAGCAUGGAGCCUACAAACCAGAAAAGGCAUUCAACUGGCUGGAGUGCUGCGUGAUGCUUUGACCAUGUGGAGAAGACGGGUAACGAUCAACCGUGCACUUCACCAGGCAUCUGAGGAAUGGUUGGAGCUGCACAGGUAUGACAGACUGGAGAAAACCUUUGCUUGUUGGAUGUGCAAGUUCAGAGCACGGGUUACGGCUGAACGACACUAUGAGGCAGUGCUUCAAAAAAGGAUAUUUUGCCACUGGGUUCAACACCUUAAAAAACAAAAGGAACUGCACAAGAGGGCAGGAAAUCUUGUGUAUAGGCAACAGUAUAGACUGAUAAGAUGUGCCUUCAAGAGAUGGACUAACUGUUAUGACGUCAUCUGUGAGCAAUACCAAGUACUGGAGUGCCACCUUGAGGCAAAAGAUGUCAACACAAAAAGGACAAUAUUGUGCUCCUGGCAUGAAAUGUCUUUAUGGAGACGAGCAGUUCGACACUGUAACAUGGGGCUUAAGAAGAAACAGUUCACUGCUUGGUGGAGUAGGACAGAAGGUUGCUUAGCCAACAAGAAAAAAGCAACAGAGUUCAGAACUGAACAUGACCAAGUCUUACUGAGGAACAAAUUUACUGUUUGGCAAGCAGAAACCGAGCAAGCUCAGACGGCAAUUGUGCACUACCAUAAAGCUUUGGAAGAAAGGGUAAUAAAACAAUGGUGUUCAGUCAUUGUGAAGAAGAAGCAGCUGCAGAUAUUGGCUGCAGAAUUGCAGACAACAAAAAGUGAGAAGCUUGUCAAGAUCAGCUGGGAGGCAUGGACCGGAGACUGGAGAAGACGGAUUGACCUCCGGGAACGACUGGAUCGACUUCAAGAUCGCCUCGCUUUGAGAAAACAGGGAACUUCAUUCAGAAUUUGGCGGCUAAAAUGUAUUGAAGUCUUGAGGACUAAAAACUAUCAGAAAAGAGUUUUGCAAAAGUACUUCCGUGUCUGGCAUUGUCUGACAAGACAGAAGAGGGAGUUUAAUGAGAGGGUGGAUCUCUUGGAGAAGAAACGUCAAGAAUACCUGCAGUCGGUCUAUGGAACAAUAUGGAAGAACAGGGUGCAAGUGACAAAGUUUGCUGUUGAGUUGGCUAAGCAUAGAUUCAUGGAGACUUCAUGGCAGCGAUGGAGACAAGCUCUUAUUCGAGAGAAGGGGUCACAAAGGUUCCUUGAAUUGGAUAACAAGCUUAUUGUUAAAGAGACUUUCGAUGCCUGGAAGCAGUUCGUCCUACACAAGAAGAAUGAUAAAGCUUUCAAGAACCAUACUGAUUCAGGGAUGGUGCUCGAUGAUCCAGACACGCUCUCAGAGGUUGACACGACACAGUCCAGUCAUAGGUCCAGUGGAUUUUUUUCCGAGUCUGAUUCUGAGUUACAUGCUGUUCAUUCUUCUCCAAGCUGUUUGGUGUUGCCGGGAAAGUUGAAAUUUUCAUCCUAAAACUGACUAGUUAUUCUGUUCUGGGGGUUGAUUAAACCAGAUAUUUUGGCAGUCAUGUCAAAUGUGGAAAAAAAUUGUUAUAUGUUGUACAAUGGCCAGUCUUAUAAAUGUGUUGGUUUACUGUAACCUGACCGAACUUAUUGAAAGAUCCUCUCAGUCUUACCAAACGUUUUGUUGACUAAAAGAUACAUAAGAGUUUUAUAGCUUUCAAAAACCUUGUAAUUUCUUUAAGUUGGCUAUUUUCUGCUUU